AUGGCUGUGAAAUUUCCGAGUUCUCUUUUGACCAAAAUAUGGCAAUACUCGGAGACACCGCAAACAGCGGUGUCCUUGCGUCAAAUGUGUCAAUUUGGGUCUCAUCCAACCCCAGGUUUAAUGUUCAAGGCUUCUUGCUUUUUACUAAAUGAACUGCCUGUACGGUUGGCACAUAGGAUCAAAGAAUUGGAGUCUCUUCCCAGAGGAUUAAAUAAAGUUGAAGAAGUCAUCACCGUUAGGGAUUGGUAUACUCAAUCGUUCCAGGAUCUUUACAAUUUUAGCCAUGACGAAUCUCAGAAGCACGGUGCGAUCUUUCAGUCGCUAUUUUAUGGAUCCAAUAGCGCAAAUGUAGACCACUUGAUACGUCUUCUAUUUACACAAGAAGAAAUAAAAUCAAUGGAACAGAGUAAAGGUUCAUCCAAUCAUUUAUACUGCAAGCAUAAAAAAUUCAUCGAUGAUGGCAUCGUGAUGAAAAUUCCAGGCCCAUCGUCAAACCAUCACUCACAACAUAAUAAGUCAGGCGGUAAAGUACCUCUUCCGCAGAAAUAUUUCUCCCCUUUGCCGUCUUCGACUGUAUCUGGUUGGAACAAAUCUCAGGACUUCUAUCAAUUCUGGCCUGCAGACCUUCUUCUUUUCAAUAGGAAUUUCUACAAUGUGUUACAAAAUAUCAAAGAACGUCAUGACGCUACCGUAAUAACUUUAGCUAAGGGUGUUCUUAAGUGGAAAAAAACUCAUCAACAGAAUGUUGUCGAUGAUUCCAUUCAAAGUUUCCUGGAUAGAUUUUACCUCUCGAGAAUUGGGAUUAGAAUGCUGAUUGGGCAACAAUUGGCUCUAUUAGAAUCGGCAAGACAGCCUGCAGAAGGUCCAUUUGACGAAGAUGAUGAGGACUGGGUUGGAAUAAUUUGUACUAAAACCAAUAUCACUCAACUUUCCAAGACAGCAAUUGACAAUGCGCGGCACAUUUGCGCCGAACAUUACGGAUUAUAUGAAGCUCCAAAAGUUCAAUUAUUAACUUUCCCGUUGGACUACCGGCCUUCAACCGAAGAAAAGUCUGGAUGCCCCAACGAAUCUCCUGAUAUUGAAUUCAUGUAUGUACCUGGCCACUUGAUUCAUAUGCUAUUUGAAACUUUAAAGAAUGCGCUAAGAGCCACUGUCGAAAAGACUAUCGAAAAAAAUCCAUCUGUGGAUAAGUAUGACUUGAAGUUCCCGGACGUUAAAGUUAUCAUAACAGAGGGUACGGAAGACUUGACUGUAAAGAUUUCAGAUGAAGGUGGCGGUAUAGCAAGGUCGAACUUGCCGUUAGUAUGGACAUAUCUCUACACAACUAUGCCUGAAAAUGAGCAAAUUGGAUUGAUGGAUGAAGAAAUGAGCCAGAACUUUAGAAUACCUAUGGCUGGUUAUGGCUACGGGCUAGCCUUAAGCAGACUAUAUGCGCGUUACUUUGGUGGUGAUCUAAAACUGAUGUCCAUGGAAGGUUUUGGAACAGAUGUCUAUUUGCAUUUGAACAGAUUGAGUACGAGUAGCGAACCACUACAGUGA